UCACCUGUACAAAUGGCUGCCGCUCAAAACAACACAUUUUCUUUACACCAAGUAGCCGCAGAAAAAAACCAAAGUAAAAGUACAUAAGGACAACAGGGUAGUACAAAAUAGAUGAUGCAUGGAUCACGAUCAGAUGGAACGACAACAAUUUGAUCGUCUUUGCUAGCUAAGCACAUCACAUCCCGAUCCACAUUCACUUAAUCUAUCCACCAAAAGGAACGGCAACUGACAGCUUUCUUGCGUAUAUCACAGAAUCACACCCUGCACGAGAUUGCUCUAGUCUUGCAGUUGCACCUGCACACUCACUCCACUGGCAUCCAUGGCUGCUCCUCAGCCUCAUGUCAUGGUCCUACCCUUCCCUGCACAGGGCCAUGUCAUGCCUCUCAUGGAGCUCUCUCACCGGCUCGUCGACCUCGGCUUCGAGGUCGACUUCGUGCACACCGACUUCAACCGCGACCGCGUCCUCAGGGCCAUGGCGGACGAGACGGGCGCGAUCCGGCCAGGGAUUCACAUGGUGUCCUUCCCGGACGGCAUGGGCCCUGCCGGCGACCGUGCCGACAUCGCCAAGCUGGCCGAUGGGCUGCCGGCCGCCAUGCGCGGCGGCAUCGAGGAGAUGAUCAGGUCGGAGGGGAUCAGGUGGGUGAUCGCCGACGUGUCCAUGGCCUGGGCGAUGGAGCUGGCUGCCACGGUGGGUGUCCAUGUCGCCUUGUUCUCGACCUUCUCCGCCGCCGUGGUGGCGCUCAGGAUGCACGUUCCCAAGCUACUUGAGGAUGGCAACCUGGACGAAAAUGGGAAUGUGAAGAGGAACGAGAUGAUCCGGCUGAGCCCCACGAUGCCGCCCGUACGAGCAGGCGAGCUGCCCUGGGUCACCCUCAGCGGCACGCCGGAGGGGCGCAGGAUGGUCAUCCAGAACGUGUUCAAGACCAAUCCGGCGAUAUCAUCAGCCGAGGUCAUCAUCUGCAACACGUUCCAGGACAUCGAGCCUGGGGCGCUAGCCCUCGUCCCCAACGCGCUGCCCGUGGGCCCGCUGGAGGCGCCUGCGACGGCGAGGUCAACCGGCCAUUUCUGGCCGGAGGACCAGACGUGCCUGGCGUGGCUCGACGAGCAGGAAGCUCGCUCCGUCAUCUACGUGGCGUUCGGGAGCUUCACCGUCUUCGACAUGGCGCGGGUCCAGGAGCUCGCCGACGGGAUGGUGCUCACCGGCAGGCCAUUCCUGUGGGUGAUCAGGCAAAACUUCGCCAACGGCGUCGGCGAGGGAUGGCUGGAGGAGUUCAGGCGCCGUGUAAUCGGCAAGGGGAUGAUCGUCGGCUGGGCUCCUCAGCAGCGCGUGCUCUCGCACCCGUCGGUCGCCUGCUUCGUGUCGCAUUGUGGGUGGAACUCGACAAUGGAAGGGCUCCGGCAUGGCGUGCCGUUCCUGUGCUGGCCGUACUUCGCCGACCAGUUCUGCAACCAGAGCUACAUAUGCAAUGUGUGGGGGACAGGAAUGAAGCUCCUGGCCGAUGAGAGAGGGGUUGUCACCAAGGAGGAGAUCAAGAACAAGGUUGCACAAGGCCAUGUCAUUCCGCUCAUGGAGUUAUCUCAUAGGCUUGUUGAGCAAGGCUUCAUGAUUGAUUUUGUAAACACUGAGUUCAACCACAACCGUGUCCUGAAGGCCUUAGCAGAGAAAGGAACAAUCCCUGGUGGAAUUCGCUUGCUUUCCGUUCCAGAUGGUUUGGGCCCUGCUGAUGACCACACAGACAUCGGCAAGUUGGUACAAGUCUUACCGUCUGCUAUGCUUAGCCUCCUGGAGAAGAUGAUCAUAUCCAAGAAGAUCAAGUGGGUAAUAGUAGAUGUGUCCAUGAGCUGGGCGCUAGAACUGGCUACCACAGUGGGUGUCCGUAUUGCCUUGUUCUCAACUUACUCUGCAGCUGUUUUUGCACUCAGGAUGAACCUUCCUAAACUGAUAGAGGAUGGUAUUCUUGAUGAAACUGGGAAUGUAAAGAGGCAUGAGAUGGUCCAACUGAUGCCACCCAUUGAUGCAGCUGAGAUCCCUUGGGUCAGCCUUGGCAGCACCCAAGAAAGACGGAGAUUUAACAUCCAAAAUGUCUUUAGGACCAACCAACUGAUGGCUCUAGCUGAAGUUAUUGUAUGCAAUACUUUCAGGGAAAUAGAAUCAGAAGCAUUGGCUCCCCUUUCGAAUGCACUGCCUGUUGGUCCACUUGUAGCACCUGCUUCAGGGCAAACAGGCCAUUUCUUGGCUGAAGACCUGACCUGCCUCACCUGGCUCAACACACAGGCCCCCGGCUCCGUUAUCUAUGUGGCCUUUGGGAGCUCCACCAUCUUCGACGUAGCACAGUUUCAUGAGCUUGCCAAUGGGCUUGCACUCUCUGGCCAACCAUUUCUGUGGGUUGUGCGACCAAACUUCACCAAUGGAAUCCAAGAAGAUUGGUUCAAUGAAUAUAAAGACUAUGUGGGGGGCAAGGGGUUGGUCGUCAGCUGGGCUCCCCAGCAACGAGUACUAUCACACCCUUCAAUCGCUUGCUUCAUGUCGCACUGUGGGUGGAACUCAACAAUGGAAGGAGUGCUGCACGGUGUCCCGUUCUUGUGUUGGCCUUAUUUUUCCGACCAAUUCUGCAACCAGAGCUACAUAUGCAAUGUGUGGGAGAUAGGCAUUAAGCUUGACCGAGACAUCAAAGGGAUUGUCACACAGGAGGAGAUCAAGAACAAGGUGGCACAGCUGCUAGGAGACGAGGGGAUCAAAGAAAGAGCUGCGACACUGAAGGCGACGGCCCAUGCAAGCAUCCAAGAGGGGGGUUCCUCGCAUCAGAACUUUCUGAAGCUUGCGAAUUUUCUAAGAGAACAAUGAUAUUUCAGAAUUCAGAAUUAACUGAUACAUAGAUCACUGAAGUCUUGAUGCAGCCAAAUAAGAUCAAUCUGUCAAUAAAAUAAACGGAAUGCACGCCUUAAUAAAAGAUUCCAUUGU